AUGGGUGUCUGCGCCUCGUGUCUGGGCCGUCGACGAAACGACUCCAUUGACGAGGAUGACGUUUCUCGCCUGCUUUUCGAUGACCCCAAUCACAUACAGUACAAUACUUUUGGCGACCACAACCUAAACUCUCAAGCCGAUCCCCUCGAGUCGCAGCGCGAAGUCGAGGCUUUACAAAGGAUCGUCGCGCGGACAUCCAACAAUCUCGUGGAUGUAUUCGAGAUCGUCCCGCAAGAAUCACAACGGGCGCAUCCAGGGCUAUUUUCCGAGCAAGACGCUCGUCUCACCCGGUACCAAAACAUACUAUCUAAGUUGUCCUCUGAUGAAGGGGUGGCCGCGGCAGGUGGCAAUCAAGGAUCUGUUGAGUGGUUAUUGAACGAGGAAGAUACCCCCGAUGUACCCGAGCAGAAAAUUACCAUUAAAGAGGGUGCUUCUGGUCCCUUGGUCGGCACUUUCGCCGAUGCAGUUGCUGCAGUUGCAUGA